CAAUACCUAUAUCAUUCUGCAUUUCUGAAGUAUACUAAUUGCGAUUGAUAGAUAGAAAAAAAACGUCGAAGAAAGAAUUUGACUGAGGACACGAAUGUCAGAUUUCUUUUGUUUCGUACAUUUUCGAUCUAUUCGAUGCAUAAAGAUCGAUUCAGGUUUACUUUGACAUCUCACGACUAUCGAAAUAUCAAAUUUUUAAAGAUGUCUAGCUAAUGAUCUUGUCGGCGGAAGCUGUACAUUUCCAUCCGAAACUGCCAACUAUCCGCUCUCUAGCGGGAUUUACUAUUUCUAUUUUUUUGUAUCCCAAUUCGAAAGUUUCAAGUAAAAACAAUUCACGAAUUCUCAGUAAUUUUAUCAUCAUAUUUUGAAACGUAAUCCUAUUCACCGAAAUGUCAGCUAAAACUAGUAAAACUCUUAACUCGUCUUUGGCAAAUGUUGCAUCAGAAAUCGAUGAACGUCGGUGUAACUUGAUUGACCGUCACAAAAAUCUUCAAGGCAAGAUCACUACGAUGGAACGCUCCAUUCCGGCAUUGAUGGCAUACAAUCUAUGGAUAACCGAAAGCCGAGACCAUCGCCGAGAUGUGUCGUGCGAAAAAGUGCGCGAAAUCGUGAAUAAAUUAUCACCGCAGCCGGAUCCCGCCGAUAGACUCCUCGCCGAAUUGAAGAGCACGGUGGACGACCUUCAUCGAGAGACGGCACAGUUGCAUAAUAAAAUCAUAGAUGCGGAUGUAAAAUUGGAAGAAACCGGUAUGGAGUUGGAAUCCUUAGAAUUGGCUAACAAGGAGAUAGAGGAACGACUAAUAGAAUUACGAAAUGAAAUUACGAGACACAGUACACCUAGUUUGCACUCUAUUCACUCUGAUGAUUUGAUAUGUUUGAGAAAAAUUCGUCAGCUCGCCGAAGAGGAAUUGAAGCUGAAGAAUUGUAUCAAAGAGCUCGAGAACAAGGAAAUCAUGUAUAGAAGAGAAAUGAACAAAUUACUGUCCUGCAACAAAUUUAAACGCGGAAAAAUGACAGAAACGGGAAAAAAUAGCAAACUAUGUUCAUUGAAAAAUCGCAAACACGAAGCAUAUAUGACAAAGAGAAAAUACGUUUUUAAAGAUAAGGGACGAAAAGCUUGUUGUUUAUGUACGACAUCAAUGAAAUUAAUCGGUUACGAGGAAACAUUAAAGGAAUCAUCUAAAGGGCGCAAAAAAUUGUGUCCGCCGCCUUCAUGCUGCAUCCCGCUGGACAAUCGCACAAUUAAAUCUCAUAGUUGCAAAGUAUGUUGCAAAUCUUGCCAACGAAAAAACUCUACCACUAUAUUCAAAUCCAAGUCUCCUUAUGAAUCGAGGAAUUCUUCUUGCGAAUCUCUACAUAGUGUCGUUUCGAAAAUAGAUGUAACACAAUCGUUCAAACGAAUAAUACAAUCUUCCGUAUCGUGUAACCUCGGCAAGACGUGCAAUGAAUGUAAGACUCCCGCUGCAUGCCAACAAAUUAAUAUCUGCAAAUGCCAAGAAAAAAGCAUACGCGAAUCAUCAGUCGCACCCUGUGAUUGUAGUGAUACACUAUUAUACAAGAUUCGUCAAUCAACGACUUCGGGGAUGCUCAGUUUGAGAUCGGGAGACAGCGAUAGCGACGAUGAGUUUUGCGAGUGUUGCACUUGUGGUUGCGAAACCGAAAAUUUAUCAAUAUAAUUAAUAUUUAAAUAAUUAUAUCAGUCAUAACAAUAAUAAGUGCUCAUUAUGCAAAAUCUUUAUAUACUGUGAAAAUAUCUUUAUUUUAACACACAAUUACAUACGCAAGUUUUGCAUGAUAUAAUCAAUUUAA